AUGUCUGCAAAUACUGUCUUGAUAUGUUUGGUAAUAUUAAAUCUUAUAGCAAUCCGUUAUGCUUAUCGUAUCAAUCCAAAUUAUGAACCAAUGCAAACAUUGUUUCGUUCAUAUGAAUAUAAUCCAAAUGAUGAUGAAACAUUGUUCAAUUUAUAUAAUUUAAAACAAGCAGAAAAACAUAAUUUAGAUUACUAUUAUUUGGUUCGUUGUCAUCCAACAUCAUCGCAUAUUUUAUGCAAUAAAUUAGACAAUAUAUCUCGUCGAGAUACAGGCUUCUUACGUUUUGGUCGCAAGCGAUAA